UUUUUUUUUUUGGUCUUAUUUUAAAAUUUAUCUUUUUUUCUUUUGAAAUUAUUUUUUUCCCCACAUUUUUAUAUAUAAACUAUGCAUACAUUGUCUAAACCCAUUACGACCAUCUCAUGGUUUAGACGACAUAAGUUAUUUGGGACAAGUCUAUUUGCAGUUGUAAUAGUUAGUUUAUAUCAAACUCAAAAAUACUAUAGAAACGAGUUUAAUGGACAACGUCAAGAAACAAAAGAAAAAGAGAACUCUUUAUUUUUCCCUGUUAUGAAUAGCAAAAAUCAAAAAGUAGGCGUAAAUGAAGAAUUUAAAAGACAACUAAGUUUAAUAGCCAAGAUAAUAUUCCCUCAUUGGCGUACAAAAGAGGGAGGUCUUUUAGUGCUUCAUUCUAUCUUUCUUGUCUUAAGAACCUAUCUUAGUGUGGUAGUGGCUCGAUUAGAUGGUCGUAUUGUCAGAGACCUUGUAAAUGGACAUGGGAAAAGAUUUUUAAUAGGUCUUGUGUAUUGGUUUGCUAUUGCUAUCCCAGCUACUUACACAAAUAGCAUGAUUCGAUAUUUACAAUCCAAGUUAUCUAUUGGAUUUAGAACUCGAUUAACUAAGCAUAUUCAUGAUAUAUAUCUUGAUCAAGAAAAGACAUUUUAUAAAGUGAUUAAUUUGGAUAACCGUAUUCAGGGAGCAGAUCAAUUUAUUACCACUGAUAUUGCUAAAUUCUGUGAUACUUUGUCUUCUCUUUAUUCAAAUCUUGCAAAACCUAUAUUAGAUACUAUCAUAUUUAAUUAUCAACUUACAAAAUCAAUUGGUUUAGUAGGUAUGGUAGGUUUGUCUAUCAAUUAUAUCAUCACAGCCAGACUUUUACGUGCCGUGACACCUUCUUUUGGUAAAUUAGCUGCUAUUGAAGCCAAGUUAGAAGGCGAUUUUCGUGCUGCACAUUCACGUAUAAUUACAAAUGCAGAAGAAAUUGCAUUUUAUAAUGGUGCGGAACUCGAGCAUUCAAUUUUAAAUAAAGCUUAUCUAAAACUUAUCAAACAUAUCAAUUCUAUUUACAAGCUAAGAAUUAGUUAUAAUAUGUUUGAAGAUUUCUUAAUUAAAUAUGCAUGGAGCGCAUUUGGUUUAGUCAUGUGUGCCAUCCCUGUCUUCACACCUCAGCUAACGUCAACGUCAACGACGAUAACGCAAGGAGAUGAAAAUAUAAUGGUGGGUGCUCGAACAAAAGGAUUUAUCACGAAUAAACGGUUGAUGAUGUCCUUAGCAGAUGCAGGUGGACGUAUGAUGUAUUCAUAUAAGGAAUUAGCAGAAUUGGCAGGCUAUACCUCUCGUGUCUAUAACCUGAUCUCUGUCUUGCAUGCCUUGCACAAUAACCAAUUUGAUAAUGGGGAUGGUGUUGAAUCAAACAAGAAACCUUAUUAUACCUUAACCAAUAUCAAUGGUAGAGUUGUCAUUCAUGAUAGUAUUCAAUUUGAACAUGUACCUAUCGUUGCACCUGCUCCUGGUGGUCGAGUGGGUGAAGUACUUGUGAAUGACUUGAAUGUUCAAAUACACCCUGGUGAACAUUUGUUAGUAACAGGUCCUAAUGGUGUAGGUAAAACUGCUGUUGCUCGCAUUAUUGCUUCUUUAUGGCCUGUAUUUGAGGGCACUUUAACAAAACCUUCAGAUCAUGAUAUAUUUUAUAUUCCACAAAGACCUUAUUUAAGUCUUGGUACAUUAAGAGAUCAAAUCAUUUAUCCUCAUUCAAAAGAAGAUAUGAUAAAAGCAGGUCACUCAGAUAUGGAAUUAUUAGAGAUAUUAGAAAUUGUUCAUUUAGCUUAUAUUCCCGAUAGAGAAGGAGGAUUAGAAACCGUUAAAGAAUGGAAGGAUGUAUUUUCUGGUGGUGAAAAACAAAGAAUUGGUAUGGCACGUCUCUUUUAUCAUCAUCCCAAAUUUGCAGUCUUAGAUGAAUGUACUAGUGCUGUAUCUACCGAUGUUGAAGGCUUAAUGUAUUCUCAUGCAAAAGAUAUUGGUAUUACACUUUUAACCAUCUCCCAUCGACCUGCAUUAUUCAAGUAUCAUCGAUUCUUAUUACGUCUUACGGGUAAUAAUGGAAAAUGGGAAUGGGAAACAAUUGGUACUCGUGAACAACUACAAUCCGUUGAAAAAGAGCUUUGUAGUCUACAAGCAAAAUUACAAGAAGUAAAUACCCUGAAAGCUCGUUUGGCUACUAUUGAUCAAGAACUUUCUUUAAAAUUAUAAUUACGAUUAUUUAUUAAAUAAAUUGACCCAUAGGCACUUGGCUUGUAGAAUUGCUUAAUUGUACGAAAUACUUGACAAGUUUUGAUUUUAACAAAUGUGCAUUUUUUUUUUUUUUUU